GAAAGCAGAACAGUGUACGAAAUACUCCAGGCAUCGUAGUAUAGAGUCCUUACUCAUUCUCUUCUCUGUGUUUACUAAGAUUAUUCAAAUAAGCAAAAGACUAUCUUUGGAGCCACGGUGGGAAGAUUAUCCACGUCUUCAAUCGUGCUAACCUUAGUAGAUAUCUUGGUGGAGGAGCAGACGCACCAUUCUCUACGUUGAAAGAAUUUUAUACUAAAGAAUAAUUUUCAUCGAUUUAAUUAAACGACGUUAAUUCAUCAUGGUAUUCGACAAGAUCAUAAAUAAUACUCUAAAUAACAUCCCUGGUGUGGGUCAUACAAAAGCUGCCUUCCAUUAUCUCUCUGGUGAUCGACAUGCCGCAAAGGAAGCAUUCAAUGCCGCGAAUAGAAGCACAGUUGUAGUAGGAGCUGCCACAGUGACUGGAGGGCUUGGUGCUAUCCCCGCUGCCAUGGCUUAUGAUGUCGGAACGAGUAUAGUAACAGGAGAACCUCAAGGAUAUGUGGCAGCGACCAAGAAUUUGGUCGAAGACCCAAGCCUUUCCACAGUUAUGGAUGCAGGUCUUCUUACAGUUGGAGACGUUGUUGCUGGCAGUGCGGGAGCAAAAGGACUGCGAAAUGCACUUAUUCCAAAGCCUAAAGGAAAAAGCUUACUUAUUGACACUAUAGUAAUAACUGAGGCAGUAUGUGCAAGCGGAAAGAAUUAUGUAUACACUGAAGCUACAAAAACUUUUGCUAAAACUUUAUCUGAAGAGGCACAGAAAUCACAGUCUCCUCGUUAUGGAGGAGAUAGUAGCAACGAUGAUUCUCCACGUAGAUCGUCCGGAGUGCACAGUCAUAAAGUCAGUGAGGAAAGCAGCGACGAAGAGAGUACCGACGAAGAAGAUGAGUUCGAUAUUGCAUUCACUUAUGAUGAUUAUGAAGUAGACACAACCACACCUUUAACCCCAGAAGAGAAAAACGAAGCUCUGCAAAAGAAGAAGAAUCAAACGCCAGAAGGAAAUCUUCCAAAGAAUAUCAAUAAACGGGAUGUUAAGUUCAGUUCGAAAGAAGAACUAAAUAAUUCGAAAGAAAGAUUUAACAGACAAGAUCCAAGUAAUAGCAGUAACGUAGUUGACGAAAAUUUAUGGCGACAACCGGUUUGGUUGCACCUUCGUAUGCCUCACACAUUCAAUUAUACGGGAGCGAUUGUGACAAAUACCCUACGACAGGGUUUAUUGCAUAUCCUUAUUCGACAUGGACACCAAUUCGCAGCCUAUAUCCCUGAUUUUCAAACAAUUUUUGACAAAUUACCAAAAGAGAUUAGAGAUCUUAUUCGCCGAGUCCAAAAAGCGCUUACCGACACUGCGUCCAGUAGUGCAAUAAGUCGAUUAGAACGAGCUUUACGAAAAUUGGAUUCCCAAACUUCCCAAGAUGUAGACGAAAUUCUAUUUGAAUUACAAAUGAAGCUAUACGACUAUAUACAGGAGAACAUCCUUUUCGACGGGGAUAGACGUGGAUAUGCUGGAGAAGGUUGUAACAACCAUAAACGUCAAACUGUAUUUUUCAAACCGAAUAAUGAUCAAAUUUUGGUUAUCGGUGUAUCCGAUGAGCUGUAUCAUAAUCCGCUUCGUUUCGGUGGCGAUAGACGUCCUGUAAGAGCAGUUAUAACAAGUUACUAUAUAACUGGGAAGAAGUAUGAAGGGAGAUACGUGGAUAUACUAUUUGACCUCAUCUCAUAUUUGCGUGAUAACUAGCUUUGACGACUCGCCUUUCCUACCGGCUCCGUAUUUGUUUCGAGCGACUUUUUUCUAGCUUCGCACAUUAAGAACAGGUACGAUUUGCUUUGCUACAAAUUAAUGAAGAAAGUGAAUCAAGUACCUCUCUGACAAGAAGGUGAUGGGCCAUUAUUAAUAUGAUUGCAACGUAUAUAAAUAUUUGCUUUAUCUUUUAACAAUAAUUUUAUUAACAAUUUAAAUUACCAAGUUAAUAUAUCUAAUUAUGGUAAAAAGUGUA